GGUUACCUAGCAUAAUCAAAAUGGCGACGUGGCACGACUGACUAGAAAUAACAUCCGACGAUAAUUCUCCAAUAAAUCAGCUCUGUACCUCGAGAGGGACAUAUUUACACUCUCACUGAAACGAUGGGGCUUUGUAAAUGUCCGAAGAAGAAAGUCACCAAUCAGUUUUGCUUUGAACAUCGCGUAAAUGUGUGUGAAUACUGCCUCGUCUCGAGCCAUUCGAGGUGUAUUGUUAAGUCCUAUCUACACUGGCUCCAAGACAGUGACUAUAACCCAGUGUGCACUCUCUGUAAUGGCAAUCUCUCAGAUGGGGAUGUUGUCAGAUUAAUCUGUUAUGAUGUAUUCCACUUGUCAUGUAUAAACAACUUUGCUCAGAGCUUGCCACCAAAUACAGCACCUGCAGGGUAUACUUGCCCUAACUGCAAGAAUGUCAUAUUUCCACCGGAAAAGAUGGUCUCCCCUGUUGUAGAGCAACUUAAACAAAAGCUGUCUGCUACUAGCUGGGCCAAGGCUGGUCUUGGGAUACCUGUGCUACCAGAGCAAACUCAAGUGCCAUCCCAACAAAUGAUGUCCAAUCAAUUGCCGCAAGCUACUCAAGCCCAAUCUUACAACAAACCUGAGGUACAAACUCAGCAGGAGAUGUACUAUAAGGCAGCCACAGCAUCCCGGCUAGAACAGAGACCUCAGAGGGAUCACAUCAUCCAGAUGAGCCAGCAGGCUGUUAAUCCAUCUGCCUUGCCCCAAGAUGGUACAGUAUCACGCAAAAUACCAGAGAAGCGACCUGAAGAGUCUCUAAAUACAUCAGUUGACCAUGACGAGAACAAAUACCAGCGCCGGGGUGCCAUAGACUGGUUCUCAAGGUGGUUUGGGAAUCGAGUGAACACAAAGAAGCAAACGUACGAUGAUCCGAACGCGUCACUCAAGCGCACCAUGAUGAUAUUCUUCCUGGUAAUCCUCGCAUUUGUAACUGUCACCGUCAUCUUUACACGUGUUGGGAGGAACGCGGCUGCAAACGACCCCUUUUUAGACCCGCGGUCCAACCCGCACAUCCGGGUAGAGAAAGACUCGUAGCGGCGACUAAUAGAACCCACCAAAAUGACGUAAGGACCCCUUCUGAGGCUCGCGGUCAAACCCGCACAUCCGGGUACACAAAGACUCAUAGCGGCGACUGAUAUAACCCACCAACCCUUGUGAGUGCCGCGGUACAACCCGCUUACCCAUCAAUAUGACGUAACCUUAAGAUUGAUGCCUUAUAAGGAGUGGACAACUGGUGCGGCUUGCGGCUUCCGACCUAAGCCACAUAACAUCCGAGCAGGUUAUAGUGACUCAUAUUACCGGAGCUCCGCUCUGCCUCGAUAUAAACGUUUGGCACUGUUUUAGUGUUAACAGGAUAAUAUUCCUGGGCAGCUUUUCGGGGGGCCAGCAAUCUUAGAAACACACCGGGGGCCGGGCGAACGAUCGCAAAGUACCCUGGGUCUCCGAGCAGGGUUCUGACGAAGGGCCACAUUCAUAUGAAAACGAUACCAAGAGUACUUAUAAAUAAUAAUAAUAAUUUGUAAAAAAAAAACCCUUUCUUAUCCGGUUUUUAGCUCCAAAGGUUUCCAAGCCGAUGUCUUGCGGCUCAUGAAUCGUAAUAGUUGUUUUAGAAAAGUAGGCAUUAGGCUAAGGGACCUUAGGCAGGUUUUUGUUGCAAGUUGAUCUGUCUUCAGCAAUCACGAUCUCCCGAAGCCAUUAAAAUGUUGAUUUUGCUGCAGACCAGUUUUCCUUGCAGUGAUAAAACAAGUAACAAAAUCAAGUUUAAAUGCAAAAGUAGGAUGGACUACUUUCUGAGACACUAUUUUUCUGCAGCAAAACGAUUUAUUUCGAGUUGUUUUUGUCGGAUGGUGAAACGCACACCAUUGGUCCUCAACAUUACUUGUUUUACACUGCCUUGAUGAUCUUAGAUAUUGAAUUAUGGCACAGUUUGUUUCUGUCUCUCUUUUAACGUUAAAAAAAAAUUAAACUCGUGCAGUCAACCUUCGGUAGAGCAAAAUUCAUGUGUACAUUUGAACCACUUACGGGGUUAGAAAAAAUAUCGAGUCCCUAAUGCUUGCUUUUCUAAAUAUGACUUCAAAAGUCUUUCAAUUUGUUAAAUACUAUCAGUAAGAAUGAACAGAUCACUAUUGGAACAAAAUAAAUACAUCAGAUAAAGAAA